UUCACGGUUCUUACAGUGCGGUUCGUCACACAUUUUUUCUCUCUGUCGUGUUUCACUCUGUAUCAAUUUUUCUGUUAUUUAUUAUGAACUUUUCAAUCGAUUCUGCGUACCGUUACUUACAGUCAACCUGUAUGUGUACAGUUACUAAUCACCGCUCUAACUAAUCACUCGUGUGUGUACUACCUAAAUCUUAUAUCUAUAAGUCAUCUAUCCGUGCUUGGUUGAUUUUCGCUAUACUAUCGUAUCCUCGCGCGCGCUUCUCCUCAGCUCUGAAAUUGAGUUUUUGCGUUUGUGAGCAAAUAAAAACAAAAUAGGGCUGAAAGUGUGAAGACAAUAGUUUAUUAUUUCUGGAUUCAUCAAUUGAUUAUAAAACACACACACGUCAGAAACAGGCCAAACUGUUUGCCCUCUUAGUUGUUUCGAUGUGCAUCAACGCAACUUCCGGCAAAGUAAUCAUCCGGCGGAUUGUCGUUUACGGUCUAUUAGUUCCCAUGCCCUGCAUCCGGUCACUAUUUUGUGGCUAAAAAGCUGCGUGCAGGUUGUGUUCACAUCUGUCUAGUAUAAACUGAUUAAAUCUCGUGGUCCGCGGUCAUUUCCGGUGUUCAGUUCGAUACGUGUGCAGUCAUCUAACGUUUCCGUUCUUUUCGUUUGCUCGGUUCGGUGACCACGAGAUGAAGAUUCUGCUAUCGUCUACUAUUGCAACAGUUACUAUUACUACCGUCACUACUACUACUGCUGCUACUAUUGUGUACUACUGACACUAUUACGGAUAGCUGUACGUGAACUAUGGAUUUACGUUCAAUAUUUAAGUGUUGAAGCUUACUUAUAUCUUUUGUGAGCUCAGAGUAAGCUUCCAAGUGCUACUACUUUCGUUGAUUCUAAACCAAUGAAAAACUUGUGAAACAGACUCCUGGAACUGCUAUUCUGUGCAAAGUGUGCAAUACUGCCUCCGAUUCAUCGAACAACUGGUGGCCGGGAGCUUUUGGGAUCGUGGGGCCUCUGCCGGAAUAGAGCACGACCAACAGAGCGCACAGUGAAAGAAGAAAGUUUUUGGUAUCUGUGUCACGUCCGGAUAUAAAAUUUAUUCCAUUCCCAAGAACGACCCUUCCUCCUGUUCCCCGUUUGUCCUUUCCAAGUAUAACUGCAACCUCUCUGGCGACUAUCACGCGAAUCACCAGAAAAGCCCCAAAAGCGAGAAAAACUAUCGAUUUUCCUCGGAACCGGCAGGCUGGCAGGGCGGUUGCCUGUGCAUACAGUGUGUUGCUCCCUUUCGGAGGUACGGUCCGCAUGCGUUUGUGUUAAAAACGGGUGCCAGUGAAACAACUUUUAUUUCCUCGUUUAUUUAUUUCCUCUUAACUUUUAUUUCCUCCUGACCGCCCGUUUGGACUUGAUCGGCCCGAACCCUAACCUGCCGAACAGUAUAAAACAUGAAUUGACUUUUCGCGCGACCUGCUGUAACACGGUUCCAUUUUCCUCCGCGCCCUCCUGUAAAACAAGAAACUCAAACAAGUACCUGAUCUAAAAUGCCACGUUGUUUGAUGGCGAAAAAGUGGAAGGCAUACCCGUGGCCGGAUCGGGCCAAGGAAUGCCCGACACCAGGAAGUUCAUCGACGACGAUAACUUCGUCGUCGUCGUUGACCGGUUCAGCACCAACUACACCAUCCCCGCAACCAACACCGCUGGCUCCGAUGGUUGUAGUGGAAGUACUAGAAGAAGAUGAAGAAAUCGACGUCGUGGGAGAUUCACCAGCGGCAGCGACAACUGGCAGUUCGAAGAGCUGCUCCUCGGUCCCUCCGCCAACAGUGACUGGCAGCGAAACAGGAACAGCCAGCUCGGCAUCGGCGACUGCUGCCACCUGUUGGGGUCCUUCCUCACCAACAGCAGGCGCCACAGCGCCCAGUCCACCACCACACUCGCCGGAAGCUGCCACCCGGGAUGCGUCUUCUACGAUUCUUUACAACGGAUACACGCAGGACAUCUCGCAUCACUUCACCGCCUUCUUACCGAAAAUCGAACACGAUGGCGGGUACCAGCAAACGCACUACAUACUACCGCCGACACCAACGUCGCCUCCGCGCUCUCCAGGCGAAGAUUCUCAGCAAAGUCCCAGACAUGGAAGUCUCUCCCCCGCCAGAAAGGCACUGUUCACUAGUAGUUCCGGAACUGCGCUUUCACUGCCCCCGAAGAAAAAGGAUAUCUACCGGCCGUACUCACUGGACGACAGGCCGCGCAAUUACGAGAUUCGAAUCCCAGCGGAGGAGGAUUUGCAUGCGGCUCAUGCAAUUCUGGACCUCAGCGCAUCGACAGCAUUUCUGCCACCACCAGCUCCACACCAAAUUUUGCAACACCAUCAGCUUCUCCAAGAGGAACGAAAUCAUACUGUUCCCAGUUCCCUCGGUUCACCAGAACAGAAUGAAAAUAAAAACAGCACUAAUACCUUGGAUGACAAAAAAUCCAGUAAAACUAUAGCCUACACGUACGAAGCUUUUUUUGUCAGUGACGGACGAUCGAAAAAAAAAAUUGCUGAUCCGAAAACGGUUCUAGAGACCAAAGCCAAGUACACUUGCACAGAGUGCGGUAAGCAGUAUGCUACUUCGAGCAACCUGUCACGGCAUAAGCAAACGCAUCGAAGUUUGGACUCUCAAUCGGCCAAGAAGUGCAUGACUUGUGGCAAAGCUUACGUAUCGAUGCCGGCACUCGCAAUGCACGUUCUAACGCACAAACUGUCUCAUAGUUGUGGGGUAUGUGGAAAACUUUUUUCGAGACCAUGGCUUUUGCAAGGUCAUUUACGAUCGCACACUGGGGAAAAGCCGUACGGAUGCGCUCAUUGUGGCAAAGCAUUUGCCGAUCGGUCCAAUCUGAGAGCACAUAUGCAAACACAUUCCGUCGAUAAGAAUUAUCAGUGCCAACGGUGUCAUAAGACGUUUGCACUCAAAUCGUACCUCAAUAAGCAUCUCGAAUCAGCCUGCUUCAAGGAGGACUCCUGCAUGAGUCCACUGGGAUCAAGCAACAGUAUGGACAACAUCGACAACAACAAACUGGUUAGCGCAACUCUCGUAGACAAACUUGGCGCUAAAUUGCUGGUGAAGAAAGAAAACAAUAAUGAGGAAGCUUUAAAUCAAAACUUUGCUACGUUGGCAGCAGCGGCUGCGGCCAGCGGAGCCACCGCCGGAAACAUUCUCGUUAUGAAAAAUGUAGCCGGAAGUUUAUUAUCCGGUAGUAGUAAUGGUACAUCGCCAACCGCCAUUUUGACAACAAAUCCGUCAACUGCAGCCACAGUGUUGGGAGCUGUCAAUGGAACAACCGCUAUAUUGACUACUUCGGCGGCUGCUGGCAGUCACAAUCCGACGACGGCGGCUGUGCACAUAAAUGUCAACUUUAGCGGGUAACCAAUAAUGGAAGCGGCCGCUGUGGCCGCCACCAAGGCGUAUCGUAUUAUUUUAAACUGAAUCACGCACACGUACAUUAUGUUGACGAGUGCGUUAACAAGUUGGCAAGCUCAGUUUGCUCUCUCACUCCAGUUUUGACAGGUGCGCGCUUUUACUAGUAGUUUUGAAGUUUUAACUUUGAAGCAUUAUAGGGAGUGAGAGGUCACAGUUUGUAAGUAGCAUUCCAUAUUACAAAGAAUUUCUCAUUUUCCCGUUACUAGCUUCUUCUACUUCUCCUAACCACUAGAAAAACAUCUUUCGCAGAUCAAUAUUCCAAUAGCGAAAGAAAGCAUUAUAUACACUAGCUGCAUCGAAAAACGUAUUUACACCAAAACCACACUAUACAAUUUUAUCAAAGGUUUUUAAAAAAGAAACUAAACCAGCAAUCCCAAGAGCAAUUCGAUUCAAUUAUUCUAGUACUACGAUUCAAUUAUGCGUUGGCUGUAUGCAGCGACUGAAAUGCUAGGAAGAAUGUGACGCUAUAGACUCUUUGCAGCCGCUGCCAGUCGUUACACCAUUUGCCUAAGCUCGAAACCUUUCCUUAAAGUUUAUUCAAUAUCCUAUUAUUAUUGUCAUUAUAUUUACAUAGAAUCAGUAGACACCAAACACAAACACCGCAUACCACACAGGUCUAAGAAAGUCGAUGAAAAUAGUAAGAUAAACUAAAAAUAAAAGUAGGAUUAUGUUAGACAAUUAAAAUUGAGAAGAAAAGUGAAUCAAGCUAUCAGACCUUCAAGUUAAUUACCUUUUUAAACUCAACCACAAGCUCCGCUCCUUUUCGUUUACGUUAUCUUUCCUUUUAGCUAUGUAGACCUCUUGUCAACCCGAGCGCAGGCGGAAAUUCUUAUCGCAUUCGACCCUAUUAACUAGGCCGAAACCGAAACAACCCAAAAGGAAUGUACGCCACGAACAACUUUGCGGUUAUCGCCAGGGAGUCAAACGUCAAACGAUUUUCCUUCACUAGUGGCGUUGUUCAACUUGUUCUCUUCGCACUCGCUUAUCUGUGACAGCAGAUCGAAGGCCUCUGACAGGAUGUCAACCUGUGCCGCCGGUGAUUGCAGGAAAAUGUAGAAAUAAAUACUAACCAGCUGACUGCACCUAUCUGAUAAAGGGUCACUGCCGCGGUGAGUUUGUGACAAGACUUCAUUCUUGUUCAGGGUGAUUCGAAGAAGUUGGCAAUUGCAGCAUCUAGCGUGACAUUUUUAUGCUUUUUCGCCACAACAAAGAUGAAAAAGAGUUUUCUCCAGCCGUGUUGCAUCUGUUCAAAAAUGUGUUCAGAAACGUGAAAGUAACAUGGUAACAUUUCAAACAUAUUUUAAUGAACGCUGAUGGCAGUGAUUGAUGUUUUAACAUGAACCCCUCAUUCCCCAACUGGGUUCGAUUCUACCUGACACUGGUAACAUUUUUGAGGCGUAAAAUUUGUGGUCACACGGUAAGCGAACUGUAGGAACAAAUCUAGGCGUUGAUUCGUGAAAUUUAAUAGGACUUUUCUAUGUUCAGCGGAAGGAAAAUAACGUAUUUCCAACAUAAAAUAUAUUAUUACGACUCUUGAUCCUUAUUCUAAGACAUAAACAAGUUGCUAGAAACAAAUACAAUUAUGUCCGACAUAUUUUCAAUUCACGAGGCACCUGUAAAAUGCUACCCGUAGGUAACCUAAUAUGCAAGAAGGUAAAAAACACUAUCCAAGUAAUUUUCCCAUUAUUCAUCAAUCUUCCGAAGACUUCUCGUUUCGUUCAAGCUGACAACGUUCUGUUGCGCAGCGACAAGAAAAAGAAAAACGGUACGACUCUACCGUCAGAGCAUGUUACUCUAUCAUGCCAGCUAAUUAUUUCAGUUUAUUCAAUUAUUUAUUCAUCGCCCGUGUACAAUUUCUUAUCCCCAUUCCAAGUUUCGUUAAUACUGACCGCCCACUCGUUGUAAGAGGGUGCUAUAUAGCGUUAUCAUCAUCACGAUCACUUCUCGUGCAGUGGGUUCGCAUUAAGAAAAAAAAAUUAAAAACAGAAAUGUGAGUGUGAGAGAGAAAGAAUUAACCACAAGCUAUGCAACUAAUUACGACAGCUCUACCAAACGAUCUCAUAAGCGUUCUUCUAAAGAGUUAAGUCAAAUGAAAACUUAAUAACAUGAAUACGUCCAUUAAACAAUUUUAAAACCAAGGAAAGUUUUAAGAAAUUCAAAGUAUUAAUCUCUUGUUCUAUUGGAUGAGAGAAAUGCAAAUAAAAUUUGCUAUGCGCCUCUCAUUAGCAUCCACAAAGAAAAAAAAAGUUUUUAAAACAUAACUCGUUUUCCGUUAACAGUUACUAAAUCCCGUUCUGUUUGAAGCUCUUGUAUCAUAGUAGAAAAAUAAUGAUCAUCUAGCAUUUAACGCCGUUUUUAUUUCAAGAAAGUUAGCCACUAAGCAAAGUAUGGAAUAAAAAUGCUACAAGUCAGACACGAUUGUUAAAAGUAUUCACGAAAUCGGAAGUUAGUGAAGGAGAUAGUAACAAAUAGUGAGCGUAAGACGAAUGAAUAUCGAAAAUGACAGAACAUUGAAAAAUCUAGUCUUCACCUAGUCUAGAGACAAGCACCGCUCAGUUUUCUGUAAGGCGUCCUUGUUUAUGUAAGCAAAGUAAGAUAAAGUUAGUACACACCUAUACAACAGCGGAUGCCUACAUUUCCCGCGUAUAUUAGUUUCAUAGUCUGUAAGCCUCCAUCCAAAAGUACUGCACUGUAUUCUAGUCUUUGCCAAUGCUGUACAGUUUUGUAAAUAGCAAUAGUUUCAUCGCCUAUUUUAGAGGUUUCUAGUUAAUAUUUACUCCUUAUUUGUGACAUCGAAGAUUGCAGCGUUCAGCAAACAUUGGAUUGCAUGAAUGCUGCACAUACUUUUGCUUUUGAUAUUGCAGGUGAACGGUAUUAACAAGAAACAGCAAAAGUUAGAAAAUAAUCGAAUAGAAGAAAAUCGAUUAUACAACACUUACAAAAUCCUCUUGUUCAAAAGAAACAACGAAAAUUUACGAACGAAAAGCAACGUUUCUCAAACAACGAAUUAUAAAGUAAGCUCUUGCAGAUAUUCUCCAGUAGUUUGAUUCAGACACGUGGGAUAGGCUUUGUCCGCACGUCUUUUUUUCUGUACAUAAAACACUUCUUCGCGUGGAAUGAUUUAUGGAUAUUUGAUUUUUUUCAACUAUCAUUGUGUGCUUCUUUAUUUUGUCGAACUGCAUGUUUUAUAUGAAGACUAACUACUACGACAUUAAUUUUAUUUGUUGCGUUAUGUUACGCUAUAUUAACAAUAUCUCAAAUAUCAGAUUGCGAACUUUGUUACGAUCACACAUAAAUGAAAAGCGUAACAGUAGUAACAGAGGUUCUCUUCCAGUGAUGAUGGAUCAUCAAUUUCAAAGUGAUAGGUUAUUGUUUCGUUUAAAAAAAAACAAAAAAAAUUAUCAUUGUUUUUUUUUAUUUUUGACAGAGUUGCCAUUCUUGCUAGUAGAAUUUUUUUAAUUAUCUUUGUUCGUUUGAUAUAAUACAUGACAUUACAUACCAACACCAAAAGCAAUGAUAACAAAAAAAGAACUUGAACUGGAAUAUCACCACUUUAUUUCAGCAGAAUCAAAAUUCGUACCGAAGCAAUAAUGAAAAAAUCUGUAGAAUAAACGAAACAAUUGGUAGAGAGGAAACAAAAGCUUUCUUUUGACAAAUUCGCUGUUGAUUUUCAAGAUUUACAUCAAAAUCUAACAAUUCAAAUUGUCUGAAAAACAUACUGAAAGCUCUCAAAAGAGCUGCGAAUGACGUAAAUUUUCCCAGCAAUUGAAAGAAUGAAGAAAAAAUGUGUUGUCUUAUUCGUAAAAAAAAAUCAAUUUGAGUCAUCAGACUGUUUGAUUUUAUAAAUGACAGUAGAAUUUUCGCUGACACAAUACGCGUUACAGACUGUAUCUGCUUCUUUAGAUGUUGAUUCAGUAAAACGGUAACGGAGUUCGGCAAAUUUCGUCAUGUCAUAGCAUGUUCAUUUGCAUUUCAUUCUUGUGGGGUUUUCAACACUGUAAAUAGCUUAAAAGUUAUCCCUAUUGUAUCCGGGAAAAAUUUGUCAAAUCAAUUCCGUUUGAUUGAUCUGAGUCUCCGCUAUACUCUUUCGUUCCCUAUAUUGAGAAUGAUUACUAACAUUUGAGUGUAGUAUAGCAGUAACCACCGGAAGGGAUAACCGAUAAUGAAUUAUCUUUCAGAUAGCUCCGCUUUGUGGUUGACAGGUGUCAGCACCUAUCUAAGAAGCCCAACACACCCAAAGCAAAAUAGAUAGAAAUGGGUCAAAGAUUUUCCAACGGUAACCCUUUUCCUUAAAAUCCCAAUGUGUAUUUGGAAGUUGGCGAAAAGUAGAAAAAAAACUGUGACACUUGUUUGAGUAUGUACGUGUGCGUGAGUGAUUGUGUGUAAAAUAUUAGAAGUAGAUUUUUAUCCUGAUUUAACCUUCUUUUCUCCUUAUUCCUUUCCCCUGAAAGCAAUCAGACAGCCGGUUGUGCUGUUGUGGACGGACGUGGGUAAGACGUGCAAUAGGAUUUGAUGGGUUCUGGUCAAAGGCCUGUUCCCAAACUCGAAUGAAGUAGCAGUGUGCGUUUUCGUGAGCCUUAGGAUAUUUUUUCCGCAUUGUAUAGUCAAUUUCAAUUUCGUUUCUUCGGAUACGGGAUAUCCCUACCGAUGUCUCCCAGGGGAAUUCACUCCUCCCGGGGAGCAGCGAUCGUCAAUUCUAUUAAUUAUACUCUCACAUAUAACGUAAAAGCAAUUAGUUAUUUCCAUCCAAACGGAAACCCAAAGAGCUUUAGCCCUUAACUUUGGUAGAUAAACGUUUACUCGAUAUAUGUAUACAUUUAAUACCCCAUGAAGUGUAACUCUGGUAAGCCCCCCUUGUUAAUUAUUACCCCUCUUUAAACAGUAGAGUUAACUUUGGAAGCUCCGGCAGCUGUUGAUUCUGGACUCUGCGGUUCUUCUACGAACGAUCCAGAACCUUCGAGCCAGGAGUAACCAAACCCCCUCCUCAGCUAACCAAUUGGUGGGCGAUCUGCAAACACAAUUGUGAAGGGAGUGUGAUCUAGUCAAGUUAGGAACGUUCGACGAGGCUUUCUCAAUGAUCUCAAUAGAGUUUACAGUAUGUAUAAAGGAAACCCCCUCAUUCUCUCUCAGGAUCGUUAGGGUUCAAAACAACAAUGGUGAAGGCGAUACCCGCCGCAAACAAACUUGUACAUAUAAUCGAGGGUUGGUCCCAUACAGUAGAACGAAAACCAAAAAUUAGCGUACGACUAAGAAGACUAGCGCGAAAGCAAAAAGUUACAAUAAAACGAAGACAACAGUAACAUUUACUCUAAAUAUACACAUAUAUAUACUCUAGCUGAUAUAGAAGAUUGAUUUGUUUUUGUACUCCCCUCCAUUUGUACUUGAAACAACCUUUGUAAGUAGUUUACAGUUUGCCAGGUUUAGCAAAAUAUACUAAACAAACACAAUAAAAGUCAAACAACAAAACAGAAAAAAAACUUCUAAAGUUAGUUUUUGCAGCACCUUUUAACUUAAAAAUCUCAAGGAGUCUAAGCGCACGAUUAUUUAUUUAUUUAUUCAUUAUCGUUUUAAUUUAUUUAUACAUCUUAUUUACUAACAUUAUGCUCAGCAAGCAUUGUAGCCAGUACUGAUCAAACAUAUACUCAUACAUUUAGUCUUUUUACUUUGACGAAAAAGAUAAACAAUACUGCUAGCAAUUUGAGAAGUAAAAAAGGAAGAGCAAUUGUACAUAAGCAAUAUAUAAUAUAUAUCAAAACAGAAAGGAUAAUAUUUCAAGUUUUAAUGCGAAAAGAACAGCAAUUAUUAAUUUUAAAAUGCAAAAUGCAAACAAUACCCAAAAAUACAACAAGCAGUAGCAGAACAUAUAGUAGUGAGUAAUAUAUUUAAACUUAGCGACAAACAAAAACAAAAACAAAGUAUUUUUAUAACAACAGACAGAAAACGAAAGAACCCCUGCAAGUGGAACAAAAAUUAAAUGAAAAACAAGAACUACAAAAAGAUGUUUCAAGGUUAGCUAAAAAUUUCUUUAUUUCAUUAGUUAUGUCCUUUCUAUUCUGGAAAUCAAUCGGGUGCAAUAGAAUAGUAGAAUGCAAAUUGCGCCCGAUUAACUAUUAAUUGAAACACGGAAUUCGAACAGUGAACAACAACUGCUGUUGUUUAACCUACACAGCAAACCAAAGCAGCAUUCGGAAAAACAGAUAUUUAUUAUUAUUAUUGUCCUUCUAUUUUCAUUAUUUAUAUUAAAAUAAUUAUAAUUAUUAUUGAAUCAUUGAUCGAUUGAUGAAGAGGAGUAAGUCAAGAAAAAAAUGAAAUAUAGUGAAACAUUUAAAAAGUUCAUAAAAGCAAAA